CGACUACAAAGCCAGUCACGCACGUGCAAUACUCCCUUUCUGUCUCCUUGUCCGUGAUGCUUUUAGCUCCCUCCGUUCUCUUUACCGUGGACUCUUUUUGUUUCAAUAUACAGACUUCCAUUGCUUCUCUCCAUGGAGCAGUUCUACUCGGUUAAUGGAUACCCCUCACAUUAAUGAAAGUCUCAGUUCACACGCUCAAAGCUCUGCAACUGAUCUCUGUCCGUCCUCUUUUUAUUCCUUAGAUUGGUUCUCCACAAAGAACGAAAGGAUGCUUGAAUUGUUUUGUAAAGGUGCCUUUGGAAAUACCAUGGUUUAGCGGUCAAUUCUUUGACAACACAGGAUUUGAAGGCUUGAGUUUGUUGUUCAACUUGGAAGUAAGUGGCAGUCAUCACCACAUAUAAUAUUUGUUAAGAGAGUUAUUGGGUAAUGGAUUCCUGUGAUUGCAUCGACUCACAAUGGCCCCAUGAUGAGCUUCUAGUGAAAUAUCAGUAUAUCUCAGAUGUAUUAAUUGCCCUUGCGUAUUUCUCCAUACCUUUGGAGCUCAUAUAUUUUGUUCAAAAAUCUGCAUUCUUCCCAUAUAGAUGGGUGCUUAUGCAGUUUGGUGCUUUUAUUGUUCUUUGUGGAGCUACCCACUUUAUAAACUUGUGGUCGUUCUCUGUGCACUCUAAAGUUGUUGCUGUUGUCAUGACGGUUGCGAAGGUUGCUUGUGCUAUUGUAUCGUGUGCAACUGCAUUAAUGCUUGUUCACAUUAUACCUGAUCUGUUAAGUGUCAAAACUCGGGAACUAUUUCUAAAGAACAAGGCUGAAGAGCUUGACAGGGAGAGGGGGCUUAUUCUUACACAAGAAGAAACUGGAAGACAUGUUAGGAUGUUGACUCACGAAAUUAGAAACACACUUGACAGAGAUACUAUAUUGAAAACUACACUUGUUGAGUUGGGUAGGACUUUAGGCCUUGAGGAAUGUGCGCUGUGGAGGCCAUCACGAACUGGUAUGAAUCUGCAACUUUCUGACACCCUAAAUUACCAAACACAAGUUGGGUCUACUGUGCCACUAAACAAUACUAUAGUCAAUGAAGUUUUCAAUAGUGCUCGAGCAAUGCGCAUACCAUACACAUGCCCACUGGCCAGGAUCAGACCUCUUGUGGGAAGAUAUGUUCCACCUGAGGUUGUUGCUGUGCGAGUUCCUCUUUUACAUCUCUCAAAUUUCCAGAUUAACGAUUGGCCUGAUCUCUCUGCAAAAAGCUAUGCAAUCAUGGUUUUGAUUCUACCUACAGAUGGUGCUAGGAAAUGGCGAGACCAUGAAUUGGAACUUGUUGAUGUUGUUGCAGACCAGGUUGCUGUUGCUCUUUCACAUGCCGCAAUUCUGGAAGAGUCUCUGCGUGCACGUGAUCAGCUCAUGGAGCAGAAUGUUGCUCUAAAUUUAGCUCGACGUGAGGCAGAGAUGGCUAUCCACGCUCGUCUUGAUUUCCUUGCUGUCAUGAACCAUGAAAUGAGGACACCAAUGCAUGCAAUGAUUGCAUUAUCUUCACUUCUUUUAGAGACUGAGCUAACUCCAGAACGAAGGGUUAUGAUAGAGACAGUACUAAAGAGUAGUAACCUUUUGGCAACCCUUAUUAAUGAUGUUCUAGAUCUUUCUAGACUUGAAGAUGGAAGCCUAGAAUUAGAAACUGGGAAAUUCAACCUUCAUGGGGUUUUCAGAGAGGUCAUGAAUUUGAUAAAGCCUGUUGCAUGCGUGAAGAAGUUAUCCACGACUUUGCUUCUCGCACCGGAUCUACCUGUAUGUGCUGUUGGUGACGAGAAACGGCUUAUGCAAACUAUUUUAAAUGUUGCGAGUAAUGCUGUGAAGUUCACAAAUGAGGGAUGCAUUUCAAUUAUAGCAUCUGUUGCAAAACCAGAGUCUCUAAGAGAUUGGCGACCCUCUGAGUUUCAUCCAGUGUCAAGUGAUGGUUGCUUCUACCUACUAGUACAGGUCAAGGAUUCUGGCUGUGGCAUUCUUCCACAGAACAUUCCACAUAUUUUUACCAAAUUUGCUCAGCCACAAAGUGGAUCCAGUCGAAAGAAUGGUGUUGCAGGACUUGGACUCGCCAUUUGUAAACGGUUCGUAAAUCUCAUGGGAGGAUUGAUUUGGUUAGAGAGCGAGGGCCUUGAUAAAGGGACCACUGCUGCAUUCAUUGUAAAACUUGGGAUUUGUGACAACCCAAGUGAUUCAACCAUGCACCAGGUUGCCCCCAGGGGUCGUGCUCAUAAGGGCAGUGGAGAUCUUCCUGGACAUAAAGCUGUGUUUAGAGAUAUUGAUGAUGUUGCUUCUUCAAGUUGCCGCUACCAAAGAAGUCUAUAAAUGUUAAUGCAUGCACAGAUUUUGGUGCUAAAUCUGUGUAAAUUGAGGUCCCGGAUAUGGUGCUGAUGGAAACUGGAAUGGCGUAGAUGUAAUUUUGCAAAAAGAUAUAUUCCAAUAGCAGUAUAUUUUUGAACCA